GUAACAGAUCUGCAACUCAAAUACCAGUGCUUGUAGCCAGCGGUAAACAAGUUGCUGUAGUAGCUGAACGCUUGACUAUCAGGCUACUGCCUAUUAGAAUCUGCUGUUGUUGGAACAAACGCGUAGCUAUACUGUCUAUACUGUCAAAAGCUUAAAGAUAGUAAGCUGCCGAUUUCCAGUGCGACAGCUGGAUACUAGCUCUUCGUCAACAGCUCGGCAGCAUGAGGAGCAGCACUACUAACCCCGGGUAAUCCGCAACCGCCAGGGCGUUAGCAAACGUCGUGCCACUCACUUGGAACUGGCGUCAAGAGUUCCUGGGGCCGGAAUGGCGGUAGCGACUGCCGCAGCAGCAGUUAAGGAGCAGCAAUAAUGCCGCACCGUUGGUCGCCGUGUCAUUUGCUACUAAUGCCGCACGGAACAAUGCCAAUGCUCCCACGGCUACUGUUGCUGCUACUGCUGCUUUACAAGCUCCCUGGGGCGCUUGGAAGCGAUAACGCAGCGUAUAUACUUAGCGAACAACCUCUGGCAGGGCAAGCAAUGGCUAUGCCACUGCCGCUACCUUCAUCGCCCCCACUGCCAACCUCCUCCUCUCCUACCUACCCCUUAGUCUACGUCGCAUCUCCGCCCCUUCCUCCCGCCUCACCAUCCUCCUUCCCACCUCAAAAUGCAAUUGCACCCACCUAUCCAGGUUCCUCCCUAAACCCGCCUGCCCAACCAGCACCUCCACCGCCACCACUGCUACCAUCAACAGCAGCACCGGAUGCCCUCCCGGGCCCACCAGCUGACCUCCCAGUUGCAGCAGCAGCACUCUCGCAGCCACCACCACCUCCGCUACUUCCACCAUCGUCACCACCACCGCCACAAUCACUGCUGUCGCCCUCACCACCUCCCACCUACCCAGGCACUUCACCGCCGCCUGCCCCGCCACCCCUUAAACCUCUACCACCACCACCACCACCUCUACUCCCACCCCAAACACCACCACCGUCAUCACCACCACCAGCCCCGGUGAUUCCCCCCUCCCCAUCGCCCUCCUCCUCCAAUCUCAUCUCGCCUCCGGCCCCACUGCCAUCCAGCCCACCUACCUCACCGCCCGCGCUCCCACCGCACCAACCACCAUCACAACCACCACCUCCCCUACCGCCUCCGCCCCCCGAGACGCCCCUGCCCCCACCUGACGCUCCGGCCCCCGUACCGCCAUCGCCACCACCUUCAUUGUCGCUGUCGCCACCCUUCCUACCCAGCAGCAACAGCAACGGCGGUGGCGGCAGCUCCCACAAACCAUCAUUGAUUCCCGCCGCACCGCAACCGCCGCAGCUGACAUCGCAACCGCCGCUGCUAACGCCCGCACCCGCACCACCACAGCUGCUGCCCCAGCCGCCCCCACUAACGCCACCGCCCUUGGGGCCAGCACUGGUGCCGCCACCCACCAUACCGCCGCCGCCGCCGUUGACGAUGAUGCCACCACAGCUGCUGCCCCAGCCGCCCUCGUACUAUUCCACCUCCCCAUCACCACCACCUCUGACACCGCCACCGCAGCUACCGGGACCUUCGCUGCCCACACCAGAGGUUCAGCCGCCGGUGUCGCCCGGCAGCGCCUCAUUGCCUCCAUCGCCGCCGCCGCCGCCACCGCCCUCGCCAAAGCCUCGGCGGCCGCCGCCACGGCCCCCGCGGCCGUCACCCCUGCCGCCUUCUCCUCCUCCGCCGCCGCCACCAUCACCCUUAACCCCUCCAUCUUCCCCACCGCCUCUCGACCCGUCUCCGCCGCCACCUUCACCCCCGCCACCUCCGCCGCCUUCACCUCCGCCACCUUCACCCCCCCCACCUCCACCGCCUUCACCCCCGCCGCCCUCACCCCCGCCACCGCGACCACCUCCGCCACCCCAGCCACCGUCGCCGCCACCGCCGCCGCCACCGUUGACUGUCGUACCAGUCGGAUCGUCGUACACUGCAUUUACUGGCGUUCCUGGGGGCGUUUCUUCCGCCGCCAGGUUGCAGGCGGUUUCCAGCAACCUGGCUCGAACCCUGGGUGUCGACGCGGCCUCGGUAUCCACCUCCCUCAUCGCAUCUUACGUGGCAACGGUUUACCAACUAAGGUGGGCUAUUAGCAGCAGCAACGGCGGCAGCAGCCGGAGAAGACUGGCUACUCGCCGUUCGACCCAAGUACUGCUCUCGUCAUCACCACCACCACCGCCACACUCAUCCGUAUUGGGCGGAAGUUGCCCGUCUUGUACGGUUACAGUUGAGAGGGCUGUAGCGCGGAGCCUAUGUCAGCAGCUGGCAAUUGCGAAUUGCAGCAAACUGACCACGUCUUGCCUCAACACAAGCACCCCUGCUGCCGCCGCCGCUACUGCUGCCUCUGUUGGGACAUCCUUUCCCACAUUGCCGGCGGCUGUUGCGACAAUUGCAGCGGCUACGGCAACGGCAACAAUGUCUGCAAACACCGGGAGCUGUGGCGAUGUUUACCUGACAGCAGUGUUCGCGAUAAGCGGAAGCACCACCAGCAGUAGCAGCGCUGGGGCCCUAUCAGUCAACGCUUCGUACUAUCAGGCAAGCAGCCUCUCCGCUGCAAUACUCUCCACCCAGAUUUCUGUUCCAAGCCUGAACGCCACCGCGGCUCUUCCCUCCUCCGCCACCGCUUCCUCUCCUUCCUCAACAGCGGCAGCAACAUCCACAACUGCCGACAUCAUUUCCGUUUCCUCCUUGCUACGGAUCACCCUAACCAACAACGGCCGGCCGUGGAUCUCUGCAUCCGCUUCUUCCUCCAACACCUCUUCCGUUUCUGGUAGCAGCAGUAGCAGUAGCGGAGGAGGGUCGGUGUCGGUUAGUGAUGCGGUAGUUGCGACGAGCGUAGCAACCACGUUCGGGCUCCAAGCAGAUAAGGUGGUCCCGCUAUCCGCCUCUGGCACAACCACCUCGAGUUCUUCCUCCUCCUCAUCCACCGCCACAACAGCAGCAGUAGCUCUCGUAGCUACAGCCAUUCAAGAGUCCGCCGCCGCCGAUGCAGCAGCUGCUGCCGUACAGCCAUCGCCGCCGCCAGCAUCAUCGUCCAGCAGCUGCUCAUCCCGCGGGCCGCCGUUCUUCGGCGCGCUCUGCGGCGGCGCGGCGGUGGGCGCCAUUGUCGGCGUCGCCGCCGCCGGCUUCGUCGUCGCCGCCAGCGUCGCCGCACUUUUGGCCGUCGUCGUCAUCAGUCGCCGCCGUCACGCCGUACGACCGAUGGACGACCCGACGGCGGUGGCGUCGGUGAUGGCGGAUUACCACAGCAGCCGCAACCGUCGCCGCAUCUAUGGUCCAAGGACGAUGGCGGCGGCGAGAACGUACGGCAAUGGUGGUGGCGGCGGCAUUGAAACUGCCGCUGCCACUGGUACGGUCUGGAACAAUCCAGCUUUCCGGCCGUCGGGUGGGAUGUACGGUGCGAGUGAAGCGGUGCAGCCGCCGCCGUCAGGGGUGGGGGCGGCGGCCGCUGCCGCCGCGCCGCCGCCGCCGCUGCCAAGAGAAAUGGAUAUGACCGGCGAUGCUGGCGGCAAUUUUAAUGCGGCAGCCUCCUCCACGGUUGCCACUCCCGGGAUCGGCCUUAACCAGCACAAUACGGCACCCGCACGAAAUUCCAUGCAGUACAAGCAGUACAGCACGCUUGCGAAGGCGCUUCGUACGGCACGACGUCAGCGGUUGAACCCCGGCCAUGAUAGCAUUGACAACGGCGGCGGGGGCGGCGGCGCUGCAGCUGACUUGGCACCGCCGCCACCAGCGCCAGCGGCGACGACGACGUCAGUGGCGGUACCCUUGCCGGCGACUGGUCAGAUCGUCCUGUUGCCUUCGUCGCAUACUCCCCCGCGACAACCCCCGCCGCCGCCAGAUGCUGAUGUUGCUGCCGGUCCUUCGACGGCACCAACAGCAGCGGCGCCCUCAGCGGCAGCGGUGGUGCCGCAGCUGCCAGUUACUGCAACGCAUGCGCCGUCGUACGGCUAUCGUGCAACUCCGCGCCAGCGAAUGUACCAUGGAGGUAGCCCUUCUAACUGCGGCGGUGGCGCCCUCAUAAUGCCGCCGCCUCCUCCAGAGGCCAUGGCAGCGGCGCCAGCGGCGGCGGCACUGCCUGUGAUGGUGUCAGGAAGGGUAACGCUGCUUCCGUCGCCGUACGUUUCUGGAGCCGCCGCCGUCAGAGGAAUCACUGCCAGCGCCGCCAGUGGCAACAUGCCCGCCAGCACUACUGCCGCUGCUACUGCCACUGCUCCAGCUGUUCCUCAACGCCUUCCCCCGCCCGCUGCUGCUACUGCUCCUUCGUUCAGGGCAGCAGCAGCACCGGUGCCAGCGUCUGCAGCAAACGCGCCGUCGUUGUACGGCAAUCCUGUUGCCGUGCACCCAGCAGCAGCACCGGUGCCGCUGAGACAUCGGCUACCUCCGCCGCCGCCAGUCGUACAGGCCAAUGCCGUACAACAAGCAGUCAUGCUGCCGUACAAUCCGCCAGCAGUAACAGCGACGGUGACGGCGGGUGUACCGGUGUACGGACGCCGCUGGGGUGGCGGCGGACGUAACCGUGGCCGCGGCGGCAGUGGCGACCCACCCCAAGGAGAUUCGGACGGGUUUGACUGGGUUGCCCUUAACUACCGCCGGUAGAAUGGGCCCCAAUAACAGGGAUAACAGGCUACGGAAAAGCCAUUUGAGGCGGGACCCAAUUCCUCGUCAAAUGUAUAAGUAAGGAUAGGGUAACAGCUUUCAUGUCAGGACGAGAUAGGUACGGCAUAGUUGCCAGUUCUCACACGACAGGACUGGCGAGCAGGUCCGGUGUAGCUACUUCCGAGCUGUUUCCUUUAUCGAGGUAGUAUGUCUUGACCACCGUGUGCUGAGCUGAGGUCUGCAGUUGUAGUUCUCGACCCGGGAGAUGAACGCCGGAAAGGUGUUUCUUGAUUAAACACGUCGGCGAAGACGUAGUUGGAGGGGUGGUUGGGUCCCAGUAUUUUGUUGGCUUGCGCCAUUGUAGGGCAUGUCGUACACAUGACGAUAACGAUUGAUGACCGGUAGUACUUUAGCCACUGUUAGUACUGGUUAUGCAUAACAAGCCAUUAGGCCUGCUCUUUCUCCGUUUCCUAGGUGUCCUCGUGUAUUGCUCGUCCGUUUAUAUGCAUGCAUGCUCUGCUCUAUUGAAUGAGGGUAAUGCGUUCGACCAAUGGUUGGGCAAAGCUUGGCUAGCUUACCCAGCUAACAAUGCAUGCGGCCGUCGUCCGCCAUACCCAUACGCAGCCAUUCAGCUGCUAUGCAACAAUACAAGAGACGACGGCUAUUCGCAAUCGAUGGCUGUGGGUUUUAGCUUAGAACUAGGAUUACUAGUGCUGUACAGAUUGCUCUAUAACUGCCUGACGAUGACCUGGGCUUUGACUUGUGUAGCAGUUGUUGGGGAGGUGUGGACACCUCAAGGGUAAAGUUUCCCUAUCCUAGGCUACCCGGCCCUCUGUGCGUUUCAUGCCCCGGGCGUCCUAUCCGCACACACAAUCAUGAAGUGAGUGGCUGCAUGCUUGCGCAGAGGACACGAAAGCAAAUGGUGAAGGCUGGUGAUGACUGCCAGGACUGCAGUUGUAAUGCCUUUGAGAAAGCUGCCACCCCUUGUCCGGUGUCGUUACUGAUCAAGUCGCUGUAGUGUACCUGCCAGUAUUGUAUAGUUACUGACAAAGUAUUUGUAUAGCUGCUGGCAGUACGGCUUCCGCCUUGUGGAAAGCUCUUUGGUGAGACCGGAGGGGCUGGAGAGGAGGACAGGAGAUAGUUAUGGGCAUGGGCACGUGCCCCUCCCUGUUACGGGUUUCUACAUGUCGUCCGCCACAGCCACUAAGGAAAGCUGCUGCUGCUAGUCCAAGUCCAUGGGAGGAAGCACCCAAGCGGCCGCAUCUCGCACGCUCGUAUUAGCCAGGAC